CAAAGAUGAAGCAAAAGAGAGCCAAGGCUUACAAGAAGCAGAUGGUCCUCUACCAACACGCGUUCAAAUUCAGAGAGCCGUACCAAACCAUCGUAGAUCACGAAAUCAUCCUCUACGCAGAAAAAGCCGAUGUCAAUCUCACCAAGGGCCUCACCACCACCAUCCAUGGUGAGGUCAAGCCGAUGAUUACUCAGUGCUGUAUGCAGGCGCUCUACGACUCCAAGAAUCAGGAGGCUAUUGAGUACGCCAAGACCUUCGAGCGUCGUCGAUGCAACCAUCCACCGACAGACCCGAUCCCCCCAUCUGAGUGCAUCAAGUCUGUGGUGGAUGUGAAGGGCGAAAAUAAGCACCGUUACGUUGUUGCCACCCAGGACGAAGUGCUCAGAAAAAAGUUGAAGAAAGUACCGGGAGUGCCGAUGGUGUAUGUCGAAAAGGGGGUAAUGAUCAUGGCGCAGCUCAGUGCCGCUUCCGCCAGACAUGCUGAGAGGUAUGAGAGGCUCAAGUUGACCGGUGGGUUGAACCAGAAGAAGGCCGGAUUAAACGUGCCGAUAGGUGCCUCAAAGCCGCCAAAGCCGCCCGUGGAUGGGAAGGUGGAGAAGCCAAAGAAGAAGACUGGGCCAAAGCAGCCGAAUCCGUUGAGUAUGAAAAAGAAGAGGGAAGAGCAGAAGGUUCAGGCUGUGAAGACUGAAGAGGUCCAGGAGGACGCGAAGAAGAGAAGAAGAAAGCGUGGUAAAGGUGACAAGUCCGGGACGAAUAGCGAGGCUGAGGGAAGUGCUGGGGAGGAGGCCGAAGAGGUUGCAGCCUCCGAAUGAUUUAAUGAAUGCUAAGUAUUAACAUAUUGAUAUUUGAAUUGUAAUAGCUAUAUUGGAG